AUGGUUUCCCUGGCAUGUUGGGCUGUCUUGAUUGUAUGCAUUGGCAAUGGAAAAAUUGCCCCGUCGCUUGAAAAGGUCAGUUUACUCGAGGAGAUCAUGGCGUCCCAACAAUUGUGCUCGAAGCCGUUGCAUCUUCGGACUUGUGGAUAUGAUGCCUUUUUUGGGAUUGCAGGGUCACGCAAUGAUAUCAAUGUGCUUAAUGAAUCACCGUUAUUCAACGACGUCUUACAAGGGAAUGCACCCGAGGUUAAUUUCACGAUUAAUAAUACACAAUAUACAAAAGAAUACUAUCUGACCGAUGAGAUCUAUCCAGAAUGGGCUACUUUCGUCAAGAGCUUUCCAUGCCCCCAGGAUCCCAAAAGAAAAAUAUUUAAGGAACGACAGGAGGUUGCGAGAAAGGAUGUCGAGAGGGCAUUUGGGGUGCUCCAAUCACGAUGGGCAAUGAUAAAAGGUCCAGGACGAUUUUGGUACAAGGAUAAUUUGAAGGACAUCAUGUAUACCUGUAUUAUUUUGCACAACAUGAUUAUUGAGAAUGAGGGAGAUGCAGUAGUCAAUUGA